AAGCGAGUCUGACUGAAACAAAAAGCUGAAUGGAGGAAGACGAAAUGGAUUCGUUGUUCGAGGGCAUGGUUUUGUUCGACCCCAAUUCUUCCCAGUUGGAUUCCGACUCACACCCUCCUCCUCCUCCUCAGAACAACGGCGAAGAUCCCAAAAUUGAAGCUCCGCCGUCGCCACCCGGAUCAUCAUCUGAGCCUCUCGACGAGAACCUCUUCUCCGACCUCACCGUCCAAUUCCAAUCCCCUCCGGUUGUAGUAGAAGAACAAGAAGAUCCGAUUAAAACCACAUCCAGGCAGAAUUCCAGUUCCCGCAAGAAAAAAAGAGCUGCCGGAUUGAGAAUCGGAUACGCCAGAGAUUCAAACAAUCACGAUCGCUUUCCCUCUUUCGACGCCGAUGAGGUCAUCGCCGGCGGUAUUGAUUCGCCUGAUUCCACUGUAUCAGUAUCAGUACCAGUCCAAUCCCAAGUUGAAAACGAAGCUCAACCCGAAGCCGAAGUUAAACCCGAGGCCAAAGCCGAUGAAGCUGAAGCGACGCCGGAGCUCCGGUUGGAGCAAAGCAAGGCCUUGAUCGGCGAGAAGCUGAGCCGUGCUCGUCAACUGGCGGCGGCUGUUUCCUCGGCCAGGAAGGACUCGAUUGCGAGGAGGAGGGCGGCUGCUGACGAUCUCAAUGUGGCAUCUGUCAAUUACGCCAGUCUUGAGAAGCAGCUGGAAGAGGCCUGCGAGGCUGAGGAUUUCGAGACGGCCGAGAGGCUUAGUGACAGCCUUGUUGCUGCUCAGGAGAAGAGGCAGGCUCUGUUGGCUGCACUCAGAGAUGCCGAGGCGGAUUGUGAUGCUGUGGAUUCCAAAAUGCAUGAGGUUCUACAAUCUCAAAUCGGUGCCGAGGAAGAAUGUGCUUCUCUGCUCCAACAAUUUGCAACUGAUGCUUCGAAGAAUGCAGAUUUGCUGUUGAAGGCAGCAGAAGAACUCUCUUCCACAGAAACAGACAAAUGGCUUUCAUCAACUGAAGAGUUGGAAGCCAAGAAGAUGGGAUUGGAAUUUGAGUCGCAUAUUAUUGGUGAAGCAGGACUGGGCUUAAACAGUUGCAUUGAGACUUCAGUGGAGGAUGACAAGAAAGAGAAAGAGUCUCUCUGUAAGAAAAAGGACAUUCUUAUGGAUGAACUGGAGAAGCUUCUUGCAUUAGUGAGAGAGAAGGAACAGGAGAUUGCACAGAAUGAUCGUGAUAUCCAACAAGUCGAAGAAAAGAUUGCUAAUGUUCUCUCUGGCUUUGGGGAGAUGCAAUCCACUAUUCAGGCCAAGUCUAGUGACUUGCAAGAAGCCCUUUCCCAGAUACACUUGGAGAGUGAAGCUUUGUCAACAAAAAAGACAGAGAUUGAUGCUGUCCUUGCUCAGGAGCAAGAGAGGGGAGCAAAGUUGAGGGAACUGGCCAGGGUUUCUGCAGAGGAAGCAGAGGGAUAUCAACAAGUUGCUGCGCUUAGAAAGAGUCUAAUGUCCUCUAUUUUGAAGUCCAGGGAAGACAAGGUCAGGUUAGCAAAAACUGAGGAGAAGCUUUCCAAGGAUGUUCAAAAGCUCCAACAGGAUGUUUCUGCAGCAAGAACUUCACUUCAGGAACUGUCUUCAAGAAAGUCAAGCAUUCAGCAAGAUAUUGCAUCCUCUAAGCAGAAAAUCAUUUUCAUAGAUAAAAGAAUCCCAGAGCUGGAAGCAGAAAAGAAAGUUGCUGCCACUGCAAGAAAUUUUAAAGAGGCUGCACGAAUAGCUGCCGAGGCCAAGUCAUUGAAUGUUGAAAAGGAUGGUAUACAGAUUGACAUGGAAAAGACCAUCUCAGAGCUUGAGAAGCUUGAAGAAGAGAUUAAAGAGACUGUCAACAGAUUGCAGGAAACUGAGGUACACAUUUUGUCUAAGGAAAAAGAGGUAGCAACGGCUAAGUUUCAGAGGUUGCUACUGGUGUCUGGUAUUGCUAAAGCAGAAAGAGAAGCUGCUUUGGAGUUGGGUGACCUUGAAGAAGCUAACCUGCUGCUUGCAGAGGCUGAAGCAGCAGACUCUGAAGCCAAGGAACUUGAACCGAUAUACAACUUUAAAAUGGAAGAGAUUGAAAGUCUACCAAAGCACUUCAUGUCUUUGGUGCUCAUAUCUAAUCUUGGGAGGAAGCAGUUGGAAGAAUUGGCAGCAUCUGUUCAAGUUCCUCCAGCAUGACAACUGGAAGAGCAAGAUUGUGUUAAGUUAUUUAACGUUGCUUGUGGUAUUGGGAUCCACAAGUUAAAGAGGAUUCUGAUAUGAAUGACUGAGAAGCUGGAGCAGCUUAAGAACUGUGUUCCACUGGCAAUAUCGAUCAUUUGGGAUUGUGUUUUCCCAUCAGCCGUCUGAUUACUUCCUGGAUGCGUAAGAACGCAAACUCCAUCUUAUUGAUGACAGGUUUGGAACCCCUACGACCCAAUUCAUGUUCCCCUGAGCUGUGUCUUGCCAGUAGUCAUGAGAAAUCCAGCCUCCAAUUUUUUUUGUACAAUUUUAUAUUGAGGAAGUCUUCAACGUUUUCAGUGCAUAGGGCAAUUUUCUGCUGCGUAUUUUUUGUACCACACUAGGUUUAUUGGUCCUUCCAGUGUACUUGGGAGUUUCUCUUGGUAGCUGUGUGGAUAAAAAUGCGAUAAUGAAUUGAUAGUCUUUUGGGUGGAGAAAAUAAAAUCAAUACAUAGUUUUU